AUGGGUGCGAGCGACUCUAAGCUGGUAUUCAAGAAGGGCAUCUUCCGCCUCUCUGAAGAACGACACAUCCCAGCCGAUGACACCUACUGGACAUCGUUCUGGGAAUUGCCCGAAACCUCGGAAGAUGUCUUCAGCCUCUUUGCCCCCGCCGACGUUCGCCGAACCCGAGACAAUGCCUUGGAGAAUUUAGAGACGUUGAUAUUAGCCGUGACAUCGCGACUCUUUGUACUCCGUCACCACCCCUCGUUCCCCGAUCCCGAGAUCGCUCCCGACAGUCAUGCUCUCAACUGCAUCCGAGUCCUCACCCGCAUCCUCCCGUUCCUCUACGAGAAAGAGUCAUUGCAGUCCUGGGAGGAGAACUUCUUCUGGGCCCGCCGCCGCAAACGCACCAGGACAUCUUUAAUAGCCAACGAGGUGCUCUUCGACGAAUCGCAAGAAGUCCAACCCAGACCGCCCGAGGAGUUCGAGGACGCAAAGCCGCUAGCUGAGGAGCUUAUCGACACCCUUAUCGAUCUGCUGUUUUUCUCCGACCUUACGGUACCAAGACAGCCGCAUGGCAGUCCCAAAGUCAGCUAUUCGAUAUGGCAGAGCGGCCAUGUACUUGUCGCCGAGUGUCUUGCCGUUGAAGGGAACCCGGGCCCUUACCCACAUCACAACAUGCCCAGACAAGCAAGUGGUUCUCUCGGUCUUACACUCAAGUAUAACCCUGCCACCUGGCGUGUGCCGUACAACACUCUUGUCUUCAAGGAUCCCAAACAAAUACUCGUCACAUAUACUCUGCAAUUUCUCUUGGUGGUUCUGCUCUAUCCCGUCCCAGAGGAGCCAGGAGUUCUGACACCCAAGAACUUCUACCGCCAUUUUGCUGGCAGGCUCCAUCGGCCCCAAGAUUUCCAGUUCAUCGUGGAUGGCAUGACGCGGAUACUACACCAACCGCUUCAGGCCAAUGCUUCCUAUAUCCCGGGGGCACAGAACUCAGUUCGGUUCGCUCCCGAGACCAUCAUGCUGUUCUGGGAACUGACCCAGUGCAAUAAACGCUUCCGCUCUUUCAUGAUCGACACUGAACGGGCACACGACUUUGUAAUUUUUGUCCUAUUCUAUGCACUCGAAUACAAGGGCGACGCUUCGAAGCAGGGCGUGGUGAGGAUGUGUGCUUUCCUGCUCCAGACUCUCAGCGCAGAGAAGAACUUCGGCAUUAACCUGAACAAAAUGUUCGAGGCUCAAGAGACGCUGCCCCCGGCUAUUCGGAUCACUGGCUUCAGGGGAACCUAUGCAGACUUCCUAAUUCAAUCUAUUUAUAAUCUCAUCACCAAGAGUCAGGGGAAGCUUACCGUCAUCUAUCCAGCUCUCCUUGCUGUUAUUAAUAACAUAUCUGCUUACCUCGAGGGACUCAGCGGAUCUACCUGCAACAGACUCAUUCAGCUCUACAACUCGAUGUCAUCCCCUUCGUUCCUUAUGGCGAAUGAGACUAAUCACAACCUACUAAGAUCAUUGUUGGAGUCCAUCAAUGCUAUUGUAGAGCAUCAGUAUAAGAAGAAUCCCCACUUCAUAUACAGCAUUAUUAGGAAUAGAAAGCGAUUCGAAGCCCUGCGCUCUUUCACAUUGGAGAGUGGCCAGGAGGAGAUAGAGAGACGUAACCGAAGAAAGAAGGAGGCUGCUGCCUCGAAUGACCCAUUGGAGACCAACUCAACGAGAAGCUCCUUGGAUAGCCUAAGGAGCCCCACAGCGUCUGUCACGCGGGUCCCUACGCUUCAUGAUGUUCCCGAGGAUGGAGCAUUCGCGGUUGGUGACGAUGAUGAUGAUAGCGAUGAUGAGCAAAGGCCUACUCCGUCUCCUUCAAGCCACAGCGAGAAUCCGUCCCGUGCAUCAUCUGUAGAACCCCAUGCGGAUGGCAGUGAUGUACCAAGACAGCUUCGAGGCAUGUCGGAAAAGGCUAGGGGCAAGAUGCCGGCAGAACCACGUUUCUCUCGGCAAAACAGCACAACCAGUUUGGGCGGCUACUCCAUAUCUGGCCAGUCUCAGACCGGGGCCUUUGAGCCAACGGCUGAAUGGAUUGAUAGCUGGCUCCCAGAGCUGCCGCUUCAUACCAUCUUGACGCUGAUCAAUCAGCUCACGGCGCUACUGCCUCGUCAAUCCAUUGCUACAGAUUCGCCCACGCCGGCAGUUUUACAGAGGAUCCAGGAAAUCCAACUUGUUGGGGUGGAUGCCUCGCCUGUACGAGUUCACAUGUUUGAAUGGUCGCCAAUGGCGCUGGGAUGGUACGAGUCCCUGCUUUGGGGGUUCGUCUUUGCCAGCGAAAUGCAGGUGGCCAGAGGCACUGUGGGCAUCUGGAACACGACCAAUAUCAAGCUCUUCCAUGUGCAACAGACGGCAGCACAAGGCCCUUCGCUGACUUCCCCACGCGGAGCCGUGGAUGCGGUUGGAAGCAACAUUGUAUCUCGCAUCGGAGCUAUCAACCUCCGGGGAGCUGCAGGUUCAGCUGUUCCUCCUGGAGGAGCCCAGGCCCCGCGACGUAGCGGCUAG